AUGACCAAGCGACUCGCUGAAUCGCCGCUAGUCCCCCAGAGGACGCCCAAGAAACCUAAGACAACGAAGAAGACCGCCGACAUCGAAGCCGCACCUAUCGACAGGAUCGGUCGAUCGAGAAUCUCGGAGACCACCGCAUCUACUGAAGAGGAGGCCGCAUUGCCAGUGGAUGAUGAUCAGGACACUUCUCUAGUAUCUGACGAGGUCGCCUCUACCCCCCAAGAUAAGAAAGGAGCAAAAGCUUCUACCCCAAAGAAGAAGGGUCAAAAAGCUCUUGCCAUAAAGGAAAAUGGUGUAAAAGCUUCUGUCCCAAAAGAGGGCAGCAAGGCUGGAGUUUCGAAAGCGAAAGCGCAGAAACCUCCUGUGGGAGAUGGCUUUCUUCCGUAUGUCCACACUGUAGACAAGCCUCCGUCGAAUCCUUUCUGGGGUAGGAAGCCCAUUUCAGGUGAUCCUCGGCCCCACCCUGAUCAACCCUCUGCUCGUGCGAGCAACGGGCAGACUAACCCUCCCUUAUUCGAGAACCGUGGCUAUCGAUACAAGCGGGGUACACGAUACGUGAAGCACCACUACAAUCUUGACCCGCACAACAUUGAACUGCUCCCUCAAAAUCGCGACCAAGUAGAUCUGCUCCCAGUCCCGCUAAUCGACAAGCGGCCGAAGCACCCGAGGAAGGACCCCGAGCCAAAGCAAAUCCCAGAAGUCUACUGCUACGGGAGAGUACCCAAGGACUGGCAAUACAGGCAAAGCAUCAAAGCUCUCAACGAUCGUCGCUACCAGGCUAUCGAUCGCGUGACAAUGGAUGGGCCUUGGACACGGAUCGAGCAACACUAUCUGGCUUCUCUGCUCCAGGAGAACCCGGAUGCAUCAAUCUGGGAGAUCACCGAGCUUCAUAAUGAUCGCUUCAUGAACAAAGACUUCAAGGAAAACAUUGGUUUUGCCAUGGGUAGCCUAUCUACUGGUCGAACAGUAGAGAGCGUCCGCUAUCAGUACACAGCGUACAAGCCGUUCUACGACCGUGGUCAGGCACCGGUGGUGAGAUGGCGCGGCGACAAGUCAGUUGAAGGUAUCGCACUGGCGAAAAAGAUUCCAGAGAAAUUUGGGCCACCUAGCAAAGCUGAAGAGCGUGCUCACGACAAAGCACAUGGUGGUACUGAGGAGAGCGACGAUGAUGACGACACGCCAAAGAUGCGCUCGCCGGAAAAGGAGAUUUCUGGCAAUGCCAACCCAUUUCUCGGACAAGACAAGCUCGACGAUGAUGAAGAAGAGCUUUUAGCGCUGGCCGUCGACUAUAACGAUGACGAUACCCUUCCAUCCUUAGGAGGAGACGACGAUGCGGAGGAGACCGAGGAGAUGAUCGAGGAACAGGACAGAGGCCGGGAGAUCCAGGUCGAUUCCGACGUUCAUGCUACUCGCGACAUCGAGGUGGACGAGAACUACGACAACGAAUUGUAG